GAUCUGUGAGGCAGCGAAGACCAACGGGCUGUUGGAGCAGGAGCUGGCUCAUGCUGUUAACGCCUCUUCGCACGCCAUCAACAAGACACACCCCAAGUUCCCAGAGAGUCUGACCAGGAACACGGCGAUAGAGGUGGCGAGCACCGUGAAGGCUCUGUACAACGAGACCGAGUCUCUGCUGCUGGGACGCGUCUCUCUGCAGUUGGAGCAGCCUGAGGAGGACCAGCUGUCCACGGCUCUGCAGAGUGUUGAGCUGGAACUGGGAAAACUGGGAGAAAUACCCUGGCUCUACCACAUCCUGCAGCCCAAUGACGAAGAGGAUCACUCUCUGGGUUACGGAAAGAGGAACAGUCGCAGCAGCAUGUUCCGCAUCGUGCCCAAGUUCAAGAAGGAGAAGGCGGCCAAGAAGACCAGUCCUCAGUCAGUGGAGAGGUGGGGUCCAGAGGAGGUGGGGGUCUGGUUGGAGCAGCUGAGUCUCGGGGAGUACAGAGACACCUUCAUCCGACACGACAUCCGCGGCUCGGAGCUGCUGCACCUGGAGAGGAGGGACCUGAAGGAUCUGGGGAUAUCGAAAGUGGGUCAUAUGAAGAGAAUUCUCCAGGGAACUAAGGACCUGGCCAAGGCCUCCAUGGUUGACCUUUAACCCGGAAGCAGACGCUACCGGAGAGAAGGGGCGGGGCUUAAAGAUUCCCCUCACAGUGGAAGAGUUUGUCGGCAGCACCGUGGGCAGGGAAGGAGAAAAAAGGCCUUAAAGAGAGCUGGAUUUGAUCCCUCUGCAGAAAAAAGCCUUUGAAAUGUUGUCAUCCAGAAACAGUUUGGUGCCAAAUUGAGAGAGGGGGUGGAAACAAGAAAAGGACGUCAUGGAUCUUCACAACAACAAAAAGAAGCCAUUUCUAAGUUAAUAACCAUUCAUAGCACACAAUCAGGUAUGCAAGUAUCCAUACUGACAGCUGAGUUGUAAUUACAAAUAGUAGCAGAACCAGGACUUCCAUGAGUGUGGCUUUAGUUUCAGUUUGUAGACGUGGAGUUUGGGUUUCAUUAGCACGACAGCAACGUGGGAACAUCAGUCUCUGGAUUAAAACAGUGGGAAACUGUCGCAUGCUCAACCUUAGAUAUGUUUAACUGCAUGAUUAGUGACUUGAUUAUUUUGUGUGCAGAAUAACACUUGAACAAGUUUUACAUGACUUAAGUAUUACGAUGCCAUUUGUUACUACUGAAAGCAUCCUUAGUUCGGUCCUCAAUCUUUCUUUUCUAGCUUUAAUUUAUUUCGUUUGCAUGAUGAUGAUGUGUCAAAGACUCGUGCCAUACUUUCAGCCAUUUAGUGUAAAACGUGCUUUAUUGGUAGAAGUCAUAAUAGGUUUUUUAAAAAGCUGUUGAGGUAUAUCAACCCAGUCUCACGGCAUUUCGUGUUAUAGUCACGACAUUUAAUCUAUUGAUUCGUGUUCACCUUCACGAUUUCCCCCUUUUUUCCGUGUCACACAGAACGAUUUUAAAAGCGAUGUAUUUCUGUUUCGUGCCUGCACCACGUCUUUCUGUCCGGUCGGGUCUUGGAAGACCGGAAGCUGUGGGGUUCAUAAAAACAUGUUCUUUAUAUAUAUACAGUCUAUGGUUCUGACUCAAUAUCAAGCCACGAUUAUUAUAUAUUAUAUUGAUAGAUGUCUUGUAAUGCACUGUUGAGGAACCGGCGACCCAAGUUUUUCAUUCAUUGCAUAACUACACCGUUAAUUGUGUAUAUGAUAUGUCAUUAACCUUUGGAAAUCUUGAAAGGGAUGUGCAAAAUAGCCAUUAUACAGUUUUUAAUUAACUAUUAGAAAAUAACGAGAAAUGAAUAUACUUGAUAGAGAUCUGCAGAUACAUGUUUAGUCUUCUCGAGCACCAACUAUCAAAUACCUCUCCUGAUUGUUGGCACUUGACAAUCACCUUCCCUGAAUUGUACUCAGGUGUAACUAAAGUCUGAUUUAAGGGUUGUUUAUAUGUUAUAUCAUUAAUCAGAACCUGCUGGUCCCGUUCGAUUCCAGUUUUGGAUAGUCUGCCGUGGUUUCGUUCCAUUUCAAACAGCUGUUUGACGCUCGGCGUAACCUUGGCGCACUGCCACUCCAACAUCCAAUCACAGAGCUUGAAGAUUAAUCACGGGGACAGUAGUCCUAAACGAUAGCUGGGGAUUAUGGGUAGUGUAGUGUCUUCGGCCAUCCUAAACUCAGAAAUGUUUUUCGGAUUUCAUAUCGCAUUAACACCAUAUCCCUACAUGCAUUGCGGCU